AUGGGCCUUGUCGGCAUCUGGUGCAUGCAUUUCAUCGGCAACCGAGCUAUCGUCCUCGACAAGAACCAACCGGAGAUCCAACUCGUAUACCAUUCUGGCUUUACCGUUCUGUCUCUCGUACUCCCUGUCAGCGGGUUGAUUAUCGCUUUCUCAGUUGCCGAGGGCACGACCAAGAAACCCUGGCUACACCAUCUCACGCAGAUUUUCACAGGCGUGUUCGCAGGUCUAUCAAUCGUCGGCAUGCACUACGUGGCCAACUUCGGAGUCUCGAACUACAUCCUCAAAUACAGCACUAGGUACUUGGUUGCUUCCUUUGUCAUCGCCGUGGGAGACUGCCUCACCGUGCUGGUCCUCUUCUACAGCCUAAGGGAGAAGUGGAUCAGCUCCUGGUGGAAGCGUGUUCUCUGUGCCAUGUCGCUUGCUGGCGGAGUCUCGGCCAUGCAUUUCACCGCAUCGACCAACUGCACCUACACCUUGCGUCACUUCAACUCCGUUGCAGAUAUAACAUCUCGGAACUCCCAGGUCAUCAUCGCAGGUGUGAUGUGCGGCACUGCGGCCUUUUUCGUUUUUGGCUUUCUGAUCUACACGCAAUGGCGCAGCCAUAUGUUUAAGAACCGCUCGCAGCAGAUCACGGUUGCCUGCGCCAUCUUCGACCCUGCUGGCCGCGUCCUUGUCACGACUGAAGGUGUUCUUCCAUCUCGCAAGAUCACACACAAGUACAAUCACCGCACUUUCGACGACGAAUUCGACGAUUCUCAUCCCGUGUUUCAGUGGGUGUUCCGGGUCACGCACAACUGGCAGGGCGUUGGUGAUCUCAUCCCAAAGAUGAAGAGUCAUCUGAGCGCUCACAAAGGCACGAGCAUGAUCAUGGUUGAUUCGCGGCCAAGCAGUUCGCAAUCCAGCGCUAUGUACGACGAAGAGACCUACAGUAACUAUGCUAUCCUCUUCGAGGAACGCUUCUGCACGGCAGCUGCAUCGAUGGCGUCUACCAUGAAUUGGCCAAUCGAGAAGCUCGGAGUACUCUACGACAGGAUAGUCGAGACAGGCGUACUGUCAAAGGACGACAAGGCCAGCAAGCGCAACACUUUGACUGACCACCGGUACUCGGCGGCCACAGACAAUGAAGCGUCGAAGACGAGUCUGUUCGGCAAAGGCCAGGUCAUGUUCAUCACCCGCGAGGUUGAUCAAGCGGAAUCAAAUGGGCUUCUCAACUCAGGCUACAAGUUCGCAAGCAUCCAGCACGUUGGCCGAACCAUCUCCCAUGCAAUGCAGAUACCACUCUCCACGCUUGAGGCACACAUCUCGGAUCUGAAGCGCUACGUCGAGAACUUGCAGUCGGUCGAGAAGCAAGGCACGUAUCUGGCAUUCUUUGCGCUGAUUCCAAAGCCUCAUCACAAGGGGUUCGAUGUGGCUGUCAAGAAAGACCACCUCGAUCAGCUUCCAGACGCGAAGAUACUGGACGGGCCACCACAGCCAUGGCAGACUGCGAUCCUCAACCAGCUCGAUGGCAAAAACGUGGCUUGGAUCUUGGAUACACUCACUGACCGUACUGGUAGGUCGACCAUCCCAACGAGCAGUUCGCAAGAGUGGGUUUUCGUGUCGACGCUGCACUCGGCGAUCACGACGUUGAUUCAGCCUUUCCCUGAGCAAUGGAUCAACCACGCCAGGUUUUGGUCCAAGCAGCUGGUCGCACAUUACGCGUUCGAGAACUCGACGCCUACCUACCUCUACUCCUUUACCGUCAUUGGCGACAUGCACGCUCAGAUCGACCAUUCGGACGUCAUCGUCCGCACUCCCAAGACGUUCUUCGAAGCUCGCCACCGCUGCUACACUGGCUCUCCCGAUCAUGCCAUUCUCGCCCGCGACAUCCACCAGACUUUCGGUCCUUUGUUCGCCAAGCGCCAGCCCAAGGCCAACCGUAUGGCGAAACUUUCCGUCACCCUUACGAAUAAUCCUCUGAAGAAGGUGAAGACGUCGAAGACGGCCAUGACCAAUGGCAACGGCAGCUCCCGAGGCAACAGCACUGAGCACACCGACGACAAUUCCUCCGUGUACGAGCUUGUUGACAAGUCCAAGUAUUCAUCGGGCUCACCCAGUGGCAGCGAGCGAUCGCGUACCGGUGCUACCAACAACUGGGGCGGUAUUCUGGUCAAUAGUGAGACGGUGGUGCAGAGCGACAAUCGUAGCGGCUUUUUGAAUGGCGGCAACCCAUCCAGCAUGCCGAUGGGUAUGAAUGUGGCCGUCAGCACGGCCGAGCCGGAGGUGACUUUUGCGAAUGAGCUGUUCAACUUCACCAAGGCGCACUUCACGCCAGGGACCAAGAAUGGCUUGUAA